AAACCACCAAUUUAUAAAACCGAACCGAAAACAGUCAUUAAAAAAGAGUUGUCUACUCUACUUUAGUAAAAAAAAAAGUAAUAGAAAGAAUUAAAUAAUCCAAGUCAGUCCAAGUUGAUUGUUACAAACCUCACGAAAAUGGUUCUCGCAAGUUUGGUCAAAGAAACAAUUCCCAACUAUUUGUCGAAUCUGCCAAUUCCCGACACAAUUGGAGGAUGGUUUAAACUCAGUAUCAAAGAUUGGAUCUGCUUAGUGCCUCCAACAGCUCUGGUUGCUGGCAUUGGAUAUAUGUCUUAUUUGGCGUUUUGUCCAGAAGCCAUCAAAAAACGUUCAUCCGGCAUCAUUAAUCCAUCAAUCAAGAAACAUGAAGCCAAAGUGGUUGAAAUGAUCGAUGUUGAAGAUAUUGCCGAUAAGGCUGCAUUCUGUCGUUGUUGGAAAUCAAAGAAUUGGCCAUAUUGUGAUGGUAGCCACGGUGACCACAACAAAACUACUGGAGAUAAUGUUGGACCUGUUGUUAUCAAGAGGGGAAAGUAAAAAUCUUUAUUACAUAAGUUUAAAGUUAUCUUGUUUUGCUCGGUGCAAAUGGCUUGGGCUAUGAAUUCUUUUAUAGUUCAUAGAUAUUACGAAUUACUUAAUUCAAAAGCAUUUUAUUUAAAUUAAUUUUCUGUUAAACAAUUCAAAAAAAUCCAAACAAAUCAUAUACAUAAAUAGUUAUGGAGCUCUCUUAGAACAAAACAAUAUGGAAAGUGAUAUUUCAAGGGCUUCGAUUGGUUAAGGUACAUUUGUUUUUCUUUUCUGUUAUUGGCAUGAUAGUACUACAUACAAAUAUGAAAAAAGUGAAUACAAUAAAUAUAAAUAAAUUGGUUACAAACAAAUCAAA